UCCAGAGCCGCCCAUAAACUUGAUCGAGGGUCACGCCGACAAUGUGUUGACCAUCCCAGUGCAUUGUGUUCAGAUCCUUUGAUUCUCUUUUACAUCCUCACAUUGACUGCAUCUCCUUUUGAUUGCAUCUUGUAGCAUUCUGUGGGCUUUUCGUACUCUAAGCCGUCACAUUUGGCCUAACGUCCACUUUCUGACGUAUUCAACGAUUAUUACUAUAGGUUGCUUCGAGCUGAAGUUGAAGGCAAAGGCUGCAUAUCCGCGGUGGAAAUGACUCGUCAGGAGACCGAUUACCCUCCAUUGAGUGAUGUGGAACAGAAGAGACGGAAGGCGACACUCGAACGUGCCAAGGCAACAUAUCUCUCAGGUCAAUUACGUCUGCGAUUGCAGUAUGCGAAGCUGAAAGUUGACCAUGGUUGGCAACGUCAAAAUCUCAAUGAAGUGGAGAACCUCUAUUUCCGUCAUUCACAUAUGAUGAAGCCUAAGUCAGAGUUGAAUGUGCCACCAGGUCAUUUUGAUACAACGCCUUCUCUGCAAGCCGCUUCCUCUUCGUCGCACCUUACACCCACGCCCCGACCAGACGAUCCCUCUAAAUCAACAAUCUCUACUUCACCGGAAAUCAUGUUUUCUCGACAUGUACAAUCCGACCCACUUCAGAGUAUCCCUGCGCGGGAACAGACGUCCUCUCACAAUAUGCAGAACCCGUUGCCUGUUUCACAUACCUCCGCGACGACAGAUGUCAUCAUGAUUGAUGUCACCCCCCGCGUAGAUUCUCAAUCUUCUACUGAGAUCGCAACAUCAGCUUCGAAAUCUCCAGCUAAGAAGCGUGCACCUAGAAAACCUACCUCUCGUGCCCGAACCAUGACAUCUGAUGGUCCUUCGCCUUCGCCAUUUGCUGUGACGUCUUCAACGCCUCCCCCCUCUCAACCGCAGCGUCAACGUUCACCUGCGCCCACACCUGUUUCCACUCAUCCAUCACUCUCAUCAACUUCUUAUUCUCAUACGGCGCUGCUAUCGGAAUCAACUUCGUACUAUCGUACACCGUCUAUACAAGACAUCUCAAAUUCAGGUUCAAAAUCCAACGGUGCAUAUCAACCCGCAACUCAUUCUUCGUCAAACUCGUUUGUUACUUCGUUGGCGUCGGGGACCCCUCAGACAUAUGAUUCAUUUUGGACAGCGCAUUCCAGCUCAACGCAGGGCUAUCGACAUCUCUUAUCAGGAGCUGCCAGUGUAGCUUCUGGGACGACUCUUGGAAGGAUGAACUCUGGUGUAUCACCUGUUACAGCAGCUACGUCGAAUAGUUCGGUGAUUUCAGACGUUCGAUAGGUUCUCAGUAUGCAUUACUAUUCUCCGCUUAUGAAUUCACGCUCAUGACAAAUUGUUUAAGUUGUUAUUUGCUCGUUCUUAGUCCCUCACUUUUUUCCUAUCAUGAUCAUACAAAUUGGGACUUUCGUUGCACCAUAUCAUCACUCUACUUACGCGUCUGUUUGCCAAUGUGCAUGUCGCUUUUGUCAUAGAAGCGUUUAAAUCCAAUGCAUAUCACAAGUAU